UUCCCGCAGGCCGGCGAGGGGGACGGCGCACGCACCGCGAGACACUUGUCAGCGCUCGUCUGAGGCAGAGGCAGCGCCGAGCCGGAGCCGAGUUUCUUUUAUCUUCUGGGACUGGACUUUGAGCCGUUAGAACCAUGAGCAACUACAGUGUGUCCUUGGUUGGCCCAGCUCCUUGGGGUUUCCGGCUGCAAGGUGGCAAGGAUUUCAACAUGCCUCUGACUAUCUCCAGUCUCAAAGAUGGCGGCAAGGCAUCCCAGGCAAAUGUCAGAAUAGGCGAUGUGGUUCUCAGCAUCGAUGGAAUAAGUGCAAAUGGAAUGACUCAUCUUGAAGCCCAGAACAAGAUUAAGGGGUGUACAGGCUCUUUGAACAUGACUCUGCAAAGAGCAUCUGCUACACCUAAGCCUGAGCCGGUUCCUGUUCAGAAGCCCACAGUCACCAGCGUGUGUUCCGAAACUGCUCAGGAGGUAGCAGAGGGACAGAGAAGAGGAUCCCAGGGUGACAGUAAACAGCAAAAUGGGAAAAUUCCCCCUAAACGCCCACCAAGAAAACACAUUGUGGAACGCAAUACAGAGUUUUAUCACAUACCUACUCACAGUGAUGCAAGCAAGAAGAGACUGAUUGAGGAUACUGAAGACUGGCGUCCAAGGACUGGAACUACUCAGUCUCGCUCUUUCCGAAUUCUGGCCCAGAUCACUGGGACUGAACACCUGAAAGAAUCUGAAAAUGAUAGUACAAAGAAGGCGAAGUUUGACAGUUCUCUGGAAGACCUACAUAAGAGUGGACCUCACCCACCUGCUAUUCCCCAGGUUUUAAAUAUUGGUAGCCAAGUAGCCACACUUUCAAAAAUAGCAACUACUUAUCUUAAUUUAAGCAGUUCUGCAGGACAUGUGGUGACCAGUUCUGCGGAAGGUCUUCGAAACAUUUCUACCUUCUCUUCUCCUGGUAGAUACAGUGCUGCAGUUCUGAGCAGUGCAGCUGCUACUGUGUCUGCUGUUAUUGCUGCAAAAACCAGGCUCUUCAGUCCUGAAAAUUAUCGCUCUCUCCUGGAUGCACUCUGCAUCAGCCCUGUUCCCAAGCCUUUAGCUCUUUCAUAUCUUCAGUCCUCAAGGAAAUCAACUGGCUCUAUCCAUGUUAUGAAAACAAGCAACAUCCAGGAGCCUUCUCAGCAAUUGCCUUCCUCUGUAACCUCAACAAGAAGCAUGCCCCAGAGCCUAGAAAGUUCAGCCUCUGCCAGAGCAGGGACGGCCAGCCUCGCAACUGCUACUUCCUUCAAGUCUCUAGCUUCCAGCAACGUUACCAAGUCACCAGGUUGGCAUCAACCAAAUCAAGCAGCACCUUUCACUGGAAGAAUCUCAAACAGUGUGGCUUCCUCAGGAGCAGUGGGUCUAGCCAACUCAGCUGCGGGGCAACCCCAGCCAAGUGACCAGGAUACUUUUGUGCAGAGAGCUGAGCACAUUCCAGCAGGAAAGCGAACUCCAAUGUGUGCCCACUGUAACCAGGUCAUCAGGGGACCAUUUCUAGUGGCCCUGGGGAAGUCUUGGCACCCAGAAGAAUUUAACUGUGCUCACUGCAAAAAUACUAUGGCCUACAUUGGAUUCGUAGAAGAAAAGGGAGCUCUGUAUUGUGAGCUGUGUUAUGAGAAAUUCUUUGCUCCUGAAUGUGGUCGAUGCCAAAGGAAGAUCCUUGGAGAGGUCAUCAGUGCUUUGAAACAAACUUGGCAUGUUUCCUGCUUUGUGUGUGUAGCCUGUGGAAAACCCAUUCGUAAUAAUGUUUUUCACAUGGAGGAUGGUGAACCCUACUGUGAGACAGAUUAUUAUGCUCUCUUUGGUACCAUAUGCCGUGGGUGUGAAUUUCCCAUAGAAGCUGGAGACAUGUUCCUGGAAGCUCUGGGCUCUACUUGGCAUGACACUUGCUUUGUAUGCUCAGUGUGUUGUGAAAGUUUGGAAGGUCAGACCUUUUUCUCCAAAAAGGACAAGCCACUUUGCAAGAAACAUGCUCAUUCUGUGAAUUUUUAAAAGUCGACAGUUGAGGAGAAGAGAAGAAAUUUGAUGAGAAGCAGAAUUAAAAUUACCAAUUAAUUUUUAGAUGGAAUAUUUAUAUGGAGUUUGAAAAAUAAUAGUGGCCCUGAAGGGAUAAGUUCCAGCUUUAAAAACCAAGUCUAUGAGGACAUGUUUGGCUUCAUAAAGUAAAGAGACAGUUUGGCAUUUAUUAUUACUUUUUUUCCCUGUGUUUUCUGCCCAUGAAAUAGAUUUUAUAAAAACCAAUUUCCUGGUUGACUCUUAAACUCCUCUUAGAAUUAGUGAAGAAUUAAAUUUUAGAGUAAAAACUUCAGCUUCUAUGCUGAGAUAAUUAUACUUUCUUGUUAGUUUUGCAUAAAUCUGUAAAAGGCAAUGGAAGUGCCUUAUACUUUGUCAUUAAGAGAAUCAUUGCAUUAAAAACUAAUACGUGUCUAUCUUUAAAACACUAAAUAGGAGUUUAAACAGAGUUUUAUCAAUAGUAGGUGUUAAUUUUUAAAAAACAGUAUUUUGUUUCCUUACAGUUGAUCAUUCUAAUAGGAGAGGCUAAUGAGACUUUUUUCCAAUGAAAUUUUUUUAUCAAAAUAUCAUUCUUAGAAGAGAUGUUAUAUUUUUCUCCCACCCCGCCCUGCAGCUACCAUAUAGCUUAUAAAUCUCAAAGUUUUGCCUUUUAUUAGACUUUGAGUGUUUCUAUUCGUUUUCUAUGUUUCAUCGCCUCAUUAUUCAAACUCCAUUUUUUCCUCUUCCCUUAUACUGAGGUAAAGUGCCAAUAACCUUGGGCCCUGAAUUAGUUUUCUGUCUCUUUAAAGAGAUUAAGUAAAAAAGAAUGUUGUUGGGAGUUUAUGGUAAAUCAGAGGAUUGUACCAAAAAAUAAAAAUUUCCGCCUUUCAGACAAUAAAUCAAUUAGAUCAGUUUCAAAGAUCUACUGUUGACCAAUGAGGGUUUGACAGCUCUUUUUGCAGAAUAAUCUGUUUUGUUUUGUUUUUCCUUUAAUUCUAAUUAGAAAGAUAACCAGAAGACUGACUUGGGCAUGUGAUAAGAUCUAGAUUUUUUUUUUUUUAAUAGUUCUCUAGGAAACCCUGAUGGUGUAGUGCUUAAGAACUGUGGCUGCUAACCAAAAGGUCAGCAGUUCGAAUCCACCUGGCACUGCUUGGAAACCCUAUGGGACAGUUCUACUCUGUCCUUUAGGGUCACUAUGGGUCAGAAUCGACUCAAGGGCAAGGGGUUUAGUUUCUUUUUUUUCUCUCAGUAAUAAGUGAACUACUUCCAAUGUAAUCAUGAAGUUUGGAUAGCUUUUAUUCACAGAGGUUUGGUAGUGUAGAACGGGAACGUGAUUAAUUACUCAGGUGGGCCCGUUAUUUGUUUUCCUAAUUUGGGCACAGAAUUAUGUAGAUACUACAUAGGGAUAGAGAAAUAACUGUGGUAAAAUAGUGGAUCCUGUUGAUAUUUGCUCAGUGAGAAAAAAGAUUAUGGCAUUUGAUAAUUUUUCUCUGCUUCUAGAAUGAAUGAAAAGCCAUGAUCCCACUAAAUUACAAUAUAAAUCUGUUUGGGGUAGUGAGCUUUUAAAGUUGAGACAGAUCCUGAAGUCCUUCCUGCCCCAUCACUCACUAACAACUUCACUUCCAUUGUGCGCAUGUUUGUUAUAGAGGGACAAUAUUUGUUUAACCUCCCUAAGAACUUUGAAGGCAUCUGUCCUGAAAGCUGUUAAUUUAUGGUCUAGCGGAUUUAUAUCAUAUUCAGAUAAUAAUUAACUGGGGAUAAAAGAAUUGGAAGGGGGACACAAAGUGGCAAACUGAGUGCUCUACCAAUAGCAACCCAAAACUACCUCCUCACCCUGCAUCUUGUGGGGAGGCAGGAAGUUUCUUUGGAAAUAACGUGCUGGAACUGAUUGUGCAUUAUUUCUCAUUGCUGCUGAAACCACCUACAGAAGACAUGCUGGCUGAUGACCAUUGUCACGUAUCUUAAUGUCAGACUUUUGCUUUAUAUAGUACAAAAUAAAUUGGUGGUUUUGUUUUAGUGUGGUAGAAAUUUUUGUUUGGUUUUGCCUUAAUAGAUUUUAUGCCAGGAUCAUAUUUGAUAAGUCAAUGGCAUGGGGUAUUUUCUUCAAAGAAUUUGACCUGGAUUUCUUACAAAGUUAUCUUACAUUAAGGAUUUUAUUUUCAUUAGACCUUUCUUUCUACAUUUAUUCAUGGAGCAUAAUUUUGCAUUUCUCUAAAUUUUAUCCCUAAAAGGGUAAUGAUGCUUCCAAAUCAUUUUGUCUUUGUGCUUUGCCCCCCUCUUCUGUGGCAGAGCUUUAUAUUUGUUCUUAAAACAGUUAAUCCUGUGAAAUAAAUACUGAACAUAUCCCAGAAGAAUCUCUGUAUUUUCCAGUGGGGAAUGCCAUAGUUAAUACACCAGCGUUAAUCUUUUAAUAACUGGCAGAGCACUUUAUUCUUCUGGUGAGCUCCCUGAAUAUUUAUUUUCCUGAAUAUAAAUAUUCCAUGUCAGUAGCGUUUUUUAUUAUUACUUCUUCACUGUAGAGCAUUCACUGUUAGUCUCUCUAGAUGUGUAUCUUAGAAUGCUGUACUUGAUAAUAACACACAUUAAAAUCACAGGACAUCACUCUAAAAUUUCUCCUACUUAGAUUUCCCAAUUUCAGGAUUUUAGUGAUAGGUUCAGAUUUAUAAAAAUUCUCUAGACUUAAAUGGUUCCAAUGUUACCCUCUGAAGUAGCAACAUAAACUUUCCCUCUGCUUAUGUUUAUGGUAGCAAACAUAUGUUCUAUGAAUUCAGAUUACAUUUAAAAUCUAAGACUAAAACCUAAAUCAUUUGGGAUAGUCACAGUAUUAAAACAAAUAGAAGAGUUUAAACUUUAAAAUAUUAAUGCAGUGUUGUGUUUAAAAUUACCUAUGGUAAAAAUGUAUUCAUGGUACCAUUUCAAGGGGUACUCUAUUAGGACCACUUUUAUAGGAAAGAGUUCUUCCUUUCUCCGUUCAAGAGUAAAUGUGGCAUUAUAUUAACAUUUUUGUGACAUUUGCAGUUUAGUCAUCCCUGGUGAAGGGAGAGGCUUUUCAGACAUAAGGAAAAAUAUACUGAAUAAUUUCCACAAAUCUAAUCUGGCCUUAGUGUGUCCCCCUCCCACUUACCCCCAAAAGUUUAGAUUUGGAUUCUCAAUGUAUCAUUUGCCUUAUCUGUUAAUCUCUAACUUCUGUUUCUUUUAAGUUUUUAAAAUUUUUAUAUAUCUGUGCUGUUUUGCUUUUAGAUACAUUUUCUAACUGAAAAAUCACAAGAGAAAUAUAAUUGGGAAAGUAAUACCUUAAUGUGCACAUAAUAAAUAAAUGACUGCAGUGAUGUA